AUGUUUAAUUUAUGCUGUUAUACAUGUUAUACAUAAGAACCGUUGGAAUUAAUUGCACGAAAUUAACGUAAGAUAACCAUAAAAUAAACGAACACUAACAUUUCACGAACAACGAAACCUAUAUUUCUUCUAAAGCGGAACGAUUGCGUCGUUUUCUGUCACGCACGGGGAGAAGCAACGGUGUUGCAUCUGGGGUUUGGAUUGGUUUGUGAUUGUAGUGUGGUACUUCUUUUACUGUCCAUGGAUGUUUCCCUCUCCUGGUGAAGUCGUCUGAGGAACUGAGCAGCAGAGUUGCUAACUUGCCUUGUCUAACGUUAGCUUGCGAAUACUGGCGUCAUCCUGCAUCAGUGUGGUUAAGGACCAGCUUUAUUUUAGAGAAGAUCACCACUUUGUGACUCUAAAGGUUGCCAGUAUCGUUUCAUAUGGCUGCAACAGUUGAUUUCAGAACCCAUGUUGACCAGUCCUGCAGAUAUUCAGAAGAAUUUGUCAACAUUUAUUAUGACUGCAUGGAUAAGAAGAGGAGGCACCUGACAAGGCUCUACUUGGAUAAAGCCACUUUGGUUUGGAAUGGCAAUGCUGUUUCGGGACAAGAUGCACUGGGGGAAUUCUUUGAAUCCCUUCCAUCGAGUGAAUUUCAAGUGCAUACACUUGAUUGCCAACCUGUUCAUGAGCAAGCCACCCAAGGGCAGACGACCUUGCUGGUUGUUACGGCAGGCUCAGUGAAGUUUGAUGGAAACAAACAACGGUAUUUUAAUCAGAACUUUCUGCUGACUGCACAAGCCUCUCCUACCAGCGACCAGCCUGUCUGGAAGAUUGCUAGUGACUGUUUUCGUUUUCAGGAUUGGGCAAACUGAAGUAUUUGUACAGUGAAUGAACUGUUUUUGCUACAAAGUGUAAAUAAAGGUUUUUUUUUGUUAUA